AUGAACAAGACCAAGGGAGCUUUUGAAAGCCCAGAGUUCUGGAGCCUAGGUCACACACAGAGCAACCCCUUGAUCAGUGUGGCACCACCAUUUGUAUUUGGCCAGCAGGCCAUGGACAAAGCCCCACAUGCAAUCAUUAUUGUGGCCCUCUUUGUCAUCAUGGUAUCUCUGGGGUGUACAAUGGAGAUAGCCAGUAUCACAGCUCACCUUAGGAAACCCAGAGUGGCAAUUGGGGUAGUGGCCCAGCACGGCAUCAUGCCCUUGACAGCAUCUGUGCUGGGUAAGCUCUUCCAGCUGGGUGCUACAGAAUCCAUGGCCAUCCUCAUCUGUGGCUGCUGCCCAGGGGGAAACCUCUCCAACACCUUUAGUCCGGCACUGAGAGGGGACAUGAACCUCAGUAAUGUUGGUGAAAUCUCGGUGGCAGGCUGGGAAAGAGCAAGCACUGUAAUGACCACGUGUUCAACACUCCUGGCAAUUGGACUAAUGCCUCUGCUUCUGUACCUCUACUCAGGAGGAUUGUAUGAGGGUGAUUUGGAGGGCAAGAUACCUUGCAAAGGAAUAAUCACAUCCCUGGUGCUGAUGCUAAUCCCGUGCAUCGGCAUCAUCUUGAAUGAGAAGAAACCACAGUGCACUGGUUUUAUCAUCAAGGCAGGGAUGGUUCUGCUGCUAGUGUCAUCUGCUGCAAUAAUUGUUCUGUCUGUGGCCAAUAUGGGAAGCAGUAUCAGGGUUGUCUUCUCACCAUCCCUUCUGGGAUCUUCUGCCUUGAUGCCUUUUAUUGGAUUCCUGCUGGGCUAUGCUCUCUCUGCAGUCUUCAAGCUUAAUGACGCACAUGAUUAUUCAACUUGUGUGAGGGCUUGA